AUGAAGGGACUCAGAAGUCUGGCAGCGACAACCUUGGCUCUUCUCCUGAUGUCUUCUUUCCUGGGAAACUCUAGGAGCGCCCCGCAGGGACUGUUUGAGAGAAGGAACUGGACUCCUCAGGCUAUGCUGUACCUGAAAGGGGCCCAGGGGCACCGCUUCAUCUCCGACCAGAGCCGGAGGAAGGACCUCUCCGAUCGGCCACUGCCGGAAAGACGAAGCUCAAAUCCCCAGCUGCUAACUCUUCCUGAGACAGCAGCCCUGUUACUGGCUUCCUUGCAGAAACCACAAGAAGAUGUAGAAGAAAAUAUUGAUCAAACCAGAUACCUGGAAGGCAGUCUGCUAAACUGGUGAAGAUAUACCAAAUUAUGUUCAAUUAUAGUUCUAUUCUGUUGAAAAUAUGAACCAUGUGAAUAAAAUGCUUGGCCCUUUUU